GGACAGCGACCCCGACGCCUUCGAAGUCCUCAACCUGGUGAAGGCCCAGGAGGCGGAGCCAGCCACGGAUGCGAAGCCCGUCUUGUCCGAUGGCUACUGCCAGCAGAUCAUGGAGGAGUCCGCGCCUGCAGCGCAGUCGCUGCUGUUGACCAUCAGCCAGACCGCUGCCUUCACGCGGCCGGUUCCUCGGAAAUGGGCGUGCGGAGAUGGCGGGCGGGGAGAGGAGCUGCCCACCACGGCCAUGACGCUGGGGAGCAUGAUGCGGAACCUGAUGAUGGGACUUGCACAGAAGGGUGGGUUUUACGAUACUAUUGCAGAGGGCUUGCGUACUUUCGUUGACGCAUGCAUUGAGGCAGUGGUUGAGGAGUUGCCCGCGUCCUAUGACCAAGCAUGCACCGUCGUCGAGACGCUCGUUUCAGGCGGCCCCAAUGGCGAGUCGGUCACUUCAACUAUUGGCACGGCGUUUCAAGGACUGAUUGAGAAAAAGGCGUCGCGUGUCAUGCUCCAGGCUGCCCGCUUGCGCCUGCUGGCGGAGCUGUGCAGGAUGCACGGGCCGUGCUGGUUCUGCGCCCAAGAG